AUGGGGAGCAGUCGCUGGGGGGUAUGGGCUCACCUGGGGCGGGUGGGCGGGGCGCAGCUCAGCGAGGUCCCGGAUUCCGGUCUGCUGAGGGUGCGGGGAUCCCCUGAGCGAUCAGGCUGGCCGGGGUCUUCGGUGGACCGCUCCCCACACUGGCGGGGAGGACUCUCUGGACGGGGAACGGCCCGUGAACGCGCGCGGAGCCAGCUCGCGCCAAAAAUUCCAAACCGGCCUCGAGGCCCCGCCCAGGAACGCCUCUUACCCCGCCGCCUCUCCGAGACAGCCUAUCAGAGGAGCCCAAUCUGCCGGGGCUCCGCCCCCAACGUCCGGGCGUGCGCGUCGCCGAUCCCGCCCCGCCUGCUUCGCGGGGCUCUUGCGCAAGCGCGGAGCCACCUGGGCGCUGACUCCGAGCGGGGUUGGCUGCGCCGUGUGCCUGAGGGGCUGAGGCACCACGCGGAAUCGGAACCUGCUCCUGGGGCCCUCCCGCCUGGUUCCCAGGACACCGAGGGACCUUCGGACACCGACAGAGCUCCACACCCCAGUCCCGGCACCCACGGCCCUCGCUGGAAGCCUCCCGGUUUCCAGGUCUCGGCCACCUCUGAGGGGGCCUUUUCGCAUUCUUUGGAUUUGAGACGUAAGCUCAGCGCAAACUCCCCUCAGCUCCUUCCUGGCCGAACGACCUUGGGGAUGCACCGGGCCUUUCCGAGCUUCGGAUUAACCUCCUCUCCGGUAAAAAUGGAGCUGAUGACGCUUACCUCAGGGAGCUGGAGGUUCAAGUGGGAUGAUCCGCUUAAAGUUCUUAGCAAGGGGCCUGCCAGAGCAAACGCUAAUUCCUAACAGCUUCUUCCUUCACCAGAGAGAACCUUUUUAUCCACAUAACAGGAUCAAGGGGGGGUCAGGCCACCCUCCCUAGAAAGCUCCCCAUUUCAUCACAUUGCCUUUCCUGCUUUACUCUCACAUUGCAUUUAUCUCUCUCUGGAAUUCUAUCCUCUUAUCAGCUUUUGUUUUGUUUUGCUUUGUUUUUUAGGGCCGCGCCUGCAGCACAUGGAAGUUCCCAGGCUAGGGAUCAGCUAGGAGGGGCAGCUGCUGGCCUCCACCACAGCCAGGCAGG